AUGGAUACUGAAGGACCUGGUAAAAGCAAAAAGAAAAGGUUCAUUUUUUAUAGCAGAUGGGUGAAAGAGGAAGGAUACCCUGAAAGCCUUACUAAAGCUUGGGGAACUACUGUUAAUGGUACAUGGGUGUAUAAGUUUCAAAGGAAGUUGAGGUGUGUUAAAUUGGCUUCCAAUGCUAAACUUGAGAUGCUAGGGCAACAAGUAGGGAAGAGAGAUUGGGAAGCAUGGAUUCGAUGCAAAAGACAGAUACAUCAGACAUAUAAGGAUAAGGAGAUUUUUUGGAAACAGAAGGCAAGGGCAAAGGAGGGGCAGGAACAGUUUAGAGCAAUUGAACCAGAUUGGGGAAGAAAUGUGAAACAGCUGUUCACAACCCAGAAUCCAAGUUUUAAUCCAGAGGUGUUGCAAGGCAUUCCAAGAUCUAUCACACCCGCUAUGAAUCAGAGACUCACUAGAACUGUGGCAGAGGAAGAAAUCAAAGCAGCUUUGUGGGAAAUGGACCCAAAUAAGGCACCAGAUUUCACCCGGCGUCGGGCCUCCGACGCUCAAGUCAGUAUAACUCCAAAUCCCAAGACCCCCUUUUAUAGGGGGAAUGUACCUUAUGGCCUAAGUUGGGCUUGUCCAAUAGCAUCAUGCCACGUGUCCUAG